GACAGUCUGUGUCCGUGUGUGUGCACAGUCUCGUGCCAUUGUGGUUCAUGUUCGGCGUUGUGGGAAGGCAAUUGAUCUCGGCCUGCCUUGUUUUAUUGAUACACGUGAGGGACGUUUCGCUCCUCAUCAUCGCAUCAACAUAUCGACGUUACUACUAACUGAGAUCUUUCCAGGCAUGGACGAUCCAGAGCGUGGUAUUCUCUCGGAGCACCGUCACAGCCCUAGCGAGUCUGCGGAGUUUAGCGGUCACCUGGCAACCCAAACUCGCCAGAACGCUGAUGAUCCCGAAGCGGACUCAGCGCCCGGCGUGCAUAUUCAUGACGGCGGUGCUGGAAGGUUCUCUUUCUUUUCUAACGGAAGAAAGGCUGCCAAGAAGGAGCAGACUAGAGAAGUGACUUCACAUUACUCUGUUCCUUCAGCUGAGGAGAAUGGCAUGGAAAGGAAAAGUGCCAGCGGCUCGUCAGGACUCCGGGCCUUCUUUCACAAGAAGCGGCCGAAAACGAGUGCUACUUCCACUGAGGAUGCGCGUGACGAGAGGAGCAACUCUUGCAUACCUGGCGUUUCUUCGGAGUCCCGAGCAACUAGCAAUGAUCGCACAAGCUGGAUCGAGCAAGAGAGUACUUCUGAAGGGAUGGACAAGGGACCCGGACCGUCCCACAGUACUCUCUCCUCACUGGCAUGCAGUGAUGCCUUGAUGAGAGAGCAAUCUGACUGUGUGCAAGAAUGUAACGACACGCUGCAGUCGUCAAGCCAGUUCGAAGGGCUCUCCAUCUCGGAGACUCCAACGGUCGAUCAGCCAUCUCCACAGAGCACACAAAUGGACAAUGCAGAUGCCAACAAUGCGGCCAGCCGACAUCGGGAAGAACAAUUGCCGAACGCCAAGCAGCGUGGUUCACCGAAGAAGCCGAAAAAAGCGGGCCGACUCGGUGUCAGCGUGCAAGGAAACAAGAUUUACAUAGACGACGAUCCGAUGCUGGCCAAACGUAAAUCGCAGUCCUUGACAGCGUUUCGUAACUUCCUGACGUUAGGAAGUGCUUCGCGGAGGAGUAGCAAAGCCAACGAAAGUAUUGCAGAUCGGAAACGUCAUAUAUCUACCGCAGCACGCCACCAGAAGGCUGACGAUGGGUAUUUCGAAGGACCUAUGGAUAGCAAACUUGAAACGAUGGUGAAAGAGAAAAUGAACAUAGAGGGUUUGAACUUGGAAAAGGCAACAGUCGCAGCAAGAGUGGAGCGGAUGGUACAGGACCAUAGUGGCAGUGAAGAUGCAGCCAUGUUCUUUAUCGUUGACAAGUGCCCUACGGAGGUCGAGACGAGAACACUUCUUUCGCAUCUGAUCACCUAUGGUGCCGACGUCAAUUCGGUGGACGCCAAUGGCCGCAGCACCAUCCACGCCGCCGUUCAGCGUGAUUUUCAGCUGGUCGCCAAAGUUCUACUGGAGAACGAGAGCUCUGCUGAGAAGACGGACGCGCAUGGCCGGCUGGCGGUGGAGUAUGCUGUGGAGAACAGGCGCGACGAAAUGGCCUCUCUACUAAUUCUUCACAUGGACCAUGCAAGAGUUCGCUCUCUCUUUGAGUCCAGCGAGGAUCCUGACGACGGUUGGAAGAAACCUCUGUUCAAUUUUCACACUAUACUCUCAGAUUCCAGCAAGAUGCCGAAAACCGCACAGGCCAUUCUCGACAGCUUUGUGGAUACUACUCCCGUUCCAGACGAAUACGAGUUCCACUUCACUGUUCUGGAGAGCGACAGCACCGGACUUUCGCCGGGUCAGAGCAAGUUUCGCCUGCCCUGUAAAACGAACUUCCAUCGCCUAUUGGAUAUACCGGACCUACGUGACCACAGUGUAGUACGGACACUGAUCUUCCAUAAGUGGAACGCCUUCGGAGAGCGAUCAACGCUCAAAAACAUUCUCUACUACUUCAUGUUCAUCCUUCUAACCAGCUUUGCCUUCAUCUCAGCAGGAAGGCAGAGAGCAGAUGGCUUCAAGGUGUACCUGGAUGCUAAUAACGCAACGGUCAUCGAGCACGGUGAUCCAAGGCAGUAUCCAGAUGCUGAGUCCUAUGUGCGAGCGAUUUGUGAAGUUCUCUUGCUGCUCGGCACCAUGUUCAACCUGUACUCGGAGAUAAAAGAAAUGUCGUCAUCUGGCUGCCUGGACUACUGGUCGGACAAAUACAACUACGUUCAACUCACGACUGUCUCUCUCUUCAUCGUACUGGUACCUUUGCGCUUCACAAAUGUCGACGAGCAGUGGUAUAUUGCCGCUGUUACGUACAUAGUGGUAUGCUUGCGUACACUGCAGGUCAUUUCCGUCACAAAGGUGGUAGGCAUAUACUUGCAGAUCCUGAUUGAGAUCGUCAAGAAGGACAUGUCAAAGUUUGCCAUCAUCUUCACAAUCUUCUGGAUCAUGUUCAGUGGCAGCACAUACCUAGUUUUGGUUGGAACACCGUACGAUGAGGGAACAGUGACCGGGACACAGCUGGACAAGAGCCAGGAAACGAACACGUAUGGGAAUAUCCUGCUUACCGGAUUACGGAUACUCGCCCAAGACGAAUCUGUUGUCGACAACUUCCAAGAUAGUUUUCACUGGCUUGCUGUGGUCAUCAUGAUGUUUUUCCUGUUCACGUUGCUGAUUGUACUGCUCAACAUUCUCAUUGCUCAGCUGAGUGACACAUACCAAGAGGUCAAGAGUAAUGCUCAGCGUACAUUGGAGCACAACUGGUCCAGUGCCCUGCGCACCCUGGAACUCUCGGAAACAUUGAAGGAUUUGCGGUACAAGUCCUUCACCGAUUCAGUCACUCUGGACCAUCCUGAGAGCUUUCUGAUUAGUUGGAACAAGCCACAAGACAUGACGGAGCGCAUUGCUGAGGGCCGACGACAGCGCUACAUUGAGCAGCAGCUUGCAAAGCAGGAGCAGCAACUGGUGGCCAUCCGCACUCAGCUACGCAGGUCACUGGCAAUGCUGCAGGACGAGGCAGCGGCGCAGGCUCAGAUUAGCGACACCAUGCAGGACAUGGUGCGUCAGCAGCUGCCCACCGUGCUGGAGGAGAUCGUGCACAAGAACACAGGCGACGUUAUUCGCACCAUGAGCAGCAGCGCCGCGCGCAAUGCGCAGGAGAUCGAGGAGAACGUGCAUCAGCGCGUCGUCGGAGAAGUGAUGCACAUGCUGGAGCGGGCCAGUGAUGACGUCGUGAGCCGAGUGAGCCGCAUGGUCCCGACGUACGACGUCGAGCCACCAGUCUAGAACGGUGAAAGCGCAGUGUACCAUGGUGUCCGGCUGCAGGGUGAUUUCACUUCAGAGAGAGAGACAUCUGCAAGCACUAUUAUAGCCUGGCGUUGGACUGCUGAGCAACCUGCAUGGUUGGUGCUGAUGUGCUUGUGAGCAGCUGAGUUAGUACAUGAUUGUACAGUGUACUCGUAGCCUUGACUUUCUGGUCCACGCUGAACAGCACAACAUCGUUGUUGGCCUGUAAACCCCUCUCUCAGCCAGCAUGCCAUUGUUUCAAUUUGCGUAGUAAGCACCAUGGAGAGGAAGAUGAGAGACUCAGCUUACUGCAUCUAUACCCCCCCCCCCCCCACACACACACACAUCCGUCACUUGGAUUUUCACAGGGUGGAAGUGAUAUGUGUAGGAUGCAGACUGGUGCAUGUCAUUCAUGGUCAGUAUAUGCAUGCUAAACCUAGGUGGAAUUCUUUAGGGGGGUGCAUGUGCCUCCCGUGCCCCAUGCGCUACGCGGCAUGCAUUGGAUGGCGGCGUAAAAUGCCACACACCAACACGAGACACAUUGAUGUACUCAAAUACGUUCACCUCCACUGCGAUCUCCACUAUCCGUGACCCGCACCACUACCACCACAGGUGGUUGCAGAAGCCGUCGAAACUCUAUUCCACCGCCAACCAUUAGGAUGCUGGGUUGUUCAAGUUGUUUGCCAAGCUCACCCCACGGAGGGCCGCAAGUUUGUCUUACACUCAACCGAAGCUGAAGCCGUUUCGUCGAUCCACGAGCCGAUCAUCAUCAGUGAAGUUGUGCCUAUAGUCUAGAAUCAUUGCACUGACAUGCGAACACUUGUCCUCGCGGAGUCAGCAGCCUUUAUGUGGCGUGAAUGCAUUCUUGAACUUACAAUUGUAGCGAGUAAUCGUUUCAUAAUUCUAUCUAAGGUGUAGGUAUUUCAGGAAAAAUUGCUGCGAAGUUGAGCAAACAUUUCAUGUGUUCUACUUACUUGAAACAGAAGCUUGUCUUCUGCUCCUUUUGCAAACUGCACAUAGAUUUCAGGCAACUCUAACCCACUUCUUUUGACAUUCUCCCACGGUGUUGGCUACACUGAGGCUUUCUUUCUUCCAUACAUGAUGAUCAGCAGCUCCUGACCAUGUGGAUAGCUAUAAGGUUACUUGAUUUGACUGGUUAGUAGUAGUAGCUUUGAUGCAUGGUUUGACUUCACCCAUCACUCAGCUACACCACCCACUGAAUUUUUCGUUAUUUAGUGUAAGCGCUUGUGCAUGCGGGAGGCUCACUGAGCUGAACGCACUGUUUCAGAUGGUAUGCAUGUAUCUUGCAUUUCAGCUUUUCUAAGGUGGGCAUCCCUUUGGUAGCUGUCUUUGUGUUGCAUGCUGCAUGUUGGACAUUUACUAGCACCUGGCUGUGUGCCUGGAUUGGGAUUUGUGCUACAGACACAGUGUCUGCUCUAGG